UUACCUUUUUAUUUUCGAUAAACCCUCUCCUCGUCUCUCUCGCCUGCCAUCCCUUAUCCUCUCAAUUUCAUCUUCUUCUUAAACCCUCUCCUUCACUCUCCCCCAUCUUCCCUUUCUUCAAUCAAUUAAAAUGUCUUCAAUAACCAAACCCAUAUCCAUGGCGGACUCAUGUUGCCUCGUUUGUAUCCCUUCACUAUUCACCACUUGUUCCAAAUCCCCAUCUAUCCUCUCCUUUCCCCCAAAACGCAUCAAUCUUUUGCUCUCAUCUUCCCAUUCUUCAACCUCUUUGACCCUCAAAACCAAAGCCCAUUUCUCUUCUCUAGUUUCCUUUGUUGCCCAAACAUCAGAUUGUGCUCAACAAGAGGAAGAAAAUGACGCCACCAUCACCAUCGAUGACGAGGAAAGUGGCAUUGAAGCGAAAUGGGAAAACGAUGAAAGUGAUGGACCUGAAGGCGAGGAUGCUGUUUUUGAAGAGCAAAGUGGGGAUUCAGAAGAAGAGGGUUCUGAACCCUCUGAGGAAGCUAAAUUGUUUGUUGGGAAUUUGCCUUCUGAUGUUGAUAGUCAAAGUUUAGCUAUGCUUUUUGAGAAAGCAGGAACUGUGGAAAUUGCUGAGGUUAUUUACAAUAGAGACACUGAGCAAAGUCGUGGCUUUGGGUUUGUAACAAUGAGUUCAAUUGAGGAAGCUGAGAAGGCUGUUGAACAAUUUAAUCGUUAUGACCUUAAUGGAAGGCUCUUGACUGUUAAUAAGGCUGCUCCUAGAGGAUCACGUCUCGACCGACCCCCUCGUGUUUUUGAACGUGCUUUUAGAGUUUAUGUAGGUAACCUUCCAUGGGAUGUUGAUAAUGCUCGACUAGAGCAAGUCUUUAGUGAACAUGGUAAGGUUGUUGAGGCUCGUGUAGUCUAUGAUAGGGAGACAGGCCGAUCCCGUGGUUUUGGUUUCGUGACUAUGUCCUCAGAAACUGAAUUGAAUGAUGCCAUUGCAGCUCUCGAUGGACAGAGUCUGGAUGGAAGAGCAAUAAGAGUAAAUGUUGCAGAGGAAAGACCAAGGCGAGGAUUCUUUUGAUGUUGAAAUGAUUUAGAUACAUGAUCUACUGCUGUUUGCUUUUCUUUUUCUUUUUCUUUUUUCUUUUUUCAUUUUUCUAAAAUAACUUGUCCUAUUUUUCCCUUUUUUUAAGGUUCAAUUUUUAAUUUUAUUAUAUUUUGUAAGGAAUAAAAUAUAUGUAUCCAUUGUUAUGAAAACAUCGUUUUAAAAGGUUUGUUUGCUCAAAA